CCCAGAUGGGGGAAGCGGAGAAAGUCGAAGCGGCGAAACCGAAACAGCAAAACCGGGUUACAAUGGCGGCGGGGCCUGGUGUUUCUAUGCAGAGCGGUAGCCCUGCGAGAGAACUUACUCUCUCUGUUCAACCAGGAGGGACUCAGUCACAUGGAGAUAGACUAAAACCCGAGGAGAUUACAGAGGCCGAGAAGCAGAGUCGCAUGGCUACUUUGCUGGAGAGGCUUCAUGCAAAACACAAUGCUUCACGGCCAUGGCAGGAGACCUCCAAGGUUGUGCGUCAGGCCAUGGAGAAACGUGGUGUUAUGAACGCAGCAGGUCACCAGCUAUUGCUCACCUGCUUGGAGACCCUGCAGAGAGCGCUGAAAGUCUCAUCCUUGCCCUCGAUGACAGAUCGUCUAGAAUCCAUCGCCCGGCAAAACAUGCUGGGCUCACACCUCAGUACCUCAGGGACAGAGUGUUACAUCACAUCAGACAUGUUUUAUGUGGAGGUGCAGCUGGACACCAUUGGGCAGCUAGUGGACGUAAAGGUGGCUCAUCAAGGAGAAAACCCCACGAGUUGUCCUGAGCUGAUUCAGCAUCUAAGGGAGAAGAACUUUGAAGAGUUUUCCAAGCAUCUCAAAGGACUGGUAGAACUUUACAAGCUCCCUGGAGACAAUAAGCUAAAAACCAAGAUGUACAUUGCGCUGCAGUCUUUGGAGCUUGACCUGACCAAGAUGAUGCACAUGUUUAGGCUAGCAACUAGUGCUAACUCAGUGGAGACAAUCCUUCAUGGCAGUGUGGGCUUGCUAACAGCAAGGAGUGGUGGCCAUCUUGUAACUCUUCAGUGUUACGUUUCCCCCUAUGACAUUUUUGAGGAGGGAAUGGACACACAGCUCAACUUAACAGAUAACAAUAUUCCACGAUCUUUGGGUGUGAGUGUUUCGGUGACAAUUGAGGGAACUUCUGCGGUGUAUAAGCUCCCCAUCGCUCCACUCAUCACUGGAUCCCACCCAUUGGACAACAAGGGGACACCUUCCUUUUCUAAUGUUACCAACUCCAACUGUGUGGACCUGCCAGCUUGUUUUUUCCUAAAGAUGAACCGGCCCAUGCCUUUCUCACUGUCCUUUAUUCAAAGGAUGGGCAAUGCUACAUCCAUCCCAGUGUUUGAAAGCUCCCCCAGCCUCUCACCUCUCUACCAGUUAAUUGUUCAGAGCCAGCGACAGCUUCUGGAGGAGGGCAGCUCCACACCACUGCUUCCACAAAAUAUGCAUUUCUAUUCUGUGUUGCCUGAUCAGCAGCACUGCUACUUUCUGAAUGGUGAUGCCCCAGUCCAAGACGGUCAUUCACUUCAAGGAACACUGGUGUCCAAGAUCCCCUUCCGUCACCCAGCACAAGUGCCGACCCUGUUGGAUAUCAUUAGGCACCAAGCAGCUUAUAACAACUUGAUUGGCAGCUGUGUGAAACGAACUUCCAUCAAAGAAGACAGUGCAGGUCUUCUGCAGUUUGAAGUAUGUCCUUUGACAGAUUCAAGUUUCAGCGUCUCUUUCCAGCAUCCAGUUAAUGAGUCAUUAGUCUGUGUGGUAAUGGAGGUGAUUGACUCAAGACAGGUAUCCUGCAAACUGUAUAAAGGACUUUCAGAUGCUCUGAUCUGCACUGAUGAAUUCAUAACCAAAGUGGUCCAGAGAUGCAUGUCCAUCCCAGUGACCAUGCGGGCCAUUCGAAGGAAAGCAGAGACCAUCCAGGCAGACACUCCGGCCCUCUCACUAAUUGCUCAAACAGUGGAAAUUAUGGUGAAGAAUAAUCUGCCACCCUCUGGUAGUCCAACCUACAACAUGGCUACAGGCGAAGGAGCCAACCCUAUGGGACUGCCUGGGCUUACUGGGGGCAACACACCCACUGGAGGAGGACCCCCUGGGGGACCCAAUUUUGCGGGUUCAAUUCCUUCCAUAUUUGGAAUAUCCAGACCUGAAAGGCAAAGCCAAGGAGGAGAGUGUCCAACCCAAGGAGGGGUAGUUAGCCAGCAACAGUUGCAGCAACAACAGGCUGGUCAAGGCAACACAGAUGACUACAACAAAGUGACCCAGAAUCCAAUUCUGACAAGUCUGUUACAGAUAACUGGUGCGGGUUCCAGUCCCAGCUCCCAGAAUGCACCACCACCCCACCAGACGCCACCCCCAACAUCCUCCCCUGCCAGCAAUACCAAAAAUCAUCCCAUGCUAAUGAACUUGUUGAAAGAUAACCCUACACAAGAUUUUGCAGCACUGUAUAGUUCAAGUCCGUUGGAGAGGCAGAAUUCUUCAUCUGGCUCCCCAAGGACAGAAAGUAUGAGCGCUGGAGGUACCUGCCCUACAGGUACAACAAAAUUAAAGAAAAAGCGUCUAAGGGGGACUGAAAAAGGUGGCGUGUUGCCAGGUACUGCUGCAGGUACUGGUGGAGGUGCUGGUUUGGGUAAACAGGCAUCUUCAAUGCCACUACACCACCAGCACCAUCAAGUUACACAUGAGGACGACUUCCAUCGUGAGCUCCUCUCUAUGGAUGUGGACGCAUCUCAGAAUUCUAUCUUUGAUGUUAACCUGGCCGGUGAUGGACUAGAUACUCCCCAUAGUAUCACUCCAGCGCCUAGCCAAUGUGGAACACCACCCUCUGGCCCUGGCAUGCCUUAUUCACAGUCUCAUGUCCAGUCCCAGCAACAGCAUUCACAGAAUACCGUACCACCCCGUAUGGUCCGUCUCUCUAGCUCUGACAGCAUCGGACCUGAUAUCACAGAAAUAUUGUCAGAUUUGCCAGAGCAGACUGGGAAAGGCAGCCAUGGGCAGCACCCCAUGGGCAGUGGAGGGGAUGAUGGAGGCCCAUUAGGUACUCCAAUCCGUGACUCUUCCAGCUCAGGGCAGGGCAGUGCAGUGUUCGACUCUGCAGACAUUUUUAAUACCAACAGCAAUGAGAAUCCUUUCCCUGAUCCUGCUGACCUGAUUGCUGAGGCAGCCGCAACUGCUGCCACUCCUACCAGUGAUUCUUCUUCGACUAACUUCUUUCCUGAUGCUGCUGAUUUCAACCCUGACCUUCUGACCUCAGGCCAGGGCUUCUCCCAGAACUACUUUGAUGACAGCUCCCCAAGUGCAGAUGGAGACAUGGACCUGGUCAAGAGUUUUGGGGGAAGUAGCCAGCAGAAUACCCCAUCAGGAACACCGCAGAACCCAACUCCACAUGGACAGAGCACCCCAGAGCCCUCACUGAAGGACCCUUUUGAUAUGGGGAUAGUCUUUGGAGGAAACAGUGGUGGUGGUAAACCACUUCUUGGGCAAGCUCCUGAUUUAGGAGAUGCACAUGGUGGAGGUUCUCAGAGCCCACUCAUUAUGGGUCUUGGUGACUUUAAAAGCACAGAACCCAAGAAUAAACAGCAACAGGGACUCGUGCGGCCAAAGGAUGAGAAUGGUGGAAGCGGAGGGAGCAGUUCUGGGAUGGGGGUGGGAAGUAGUUCCACAGAGGGCAAACAGGUCAAACGUAGCAGAACUCCAUCCAGUGAGGGAAAGUCCAAAGAAAAGCCUCCUAAACGCAAAAAGCUGGACCCUGAUGGGAAAUCUCCCUCUCAUAGCUCAGGGGGGAGAUCAUAUACACCCCCUAGUGGUGGCUCAGGCUCUGGUGGAAGCAUAAGUGGAGGUGGCUCCAAGUCUCCGGGUAGUUCAGGACGGUCACAAACUCCUCCUGGUGGUGCCACACCUCCCAUUCCAAAAAUCACUAUUCAGAUUGCAAAGGGGACCAUAACUGGGGGAAAAACAUCAUCCCAUAGUGGGUACACAUCAAGCAGCUCAGCCUCAAGCAGCACAGGAGGAGCAGGGGGGACCAGUAGCAGCAAAAGCCAUCACUCUCACUCAUCUUCCUCUGGGAAGAUUAAGUCCAAGGAAGGUUCAACAACACAAGGUGGCAGCUCCAAGCCAGGUAGUGCAGGAAUAGGAGGUGGACCUUCUCAGUCUAAAGGCUCGUCCCAGGGAAUGGGGGUUGGGAAACCAGGAUCAUCUCCUAUCACAAAACAUGGACUCGGGCCUGGAGUUAGUGGAGGUGGAAUUGGAAGUAAUAAAAUGAAGCCACAAGGGGGCAAGCCUCCUGGGUCUCUAAUGAAUCCAAACAUAAAGCCCAACAUAUCCCCUUCGCACUCCCGUUCUGGUAGCUCUGGAGAUAAAUUGUCCUCCCCUAUGAAAAUGCAGCAGUCACAGGUCCCAGGAACCCCUCCUUCCUCAAAGGCUAAAUCCCCAAUGGGCUCUGGAGGUGGCAGCUCUGGAGGGUCAAAGUCUUCAUCUGGUGGAGGUAUGAGCUCCCAGAAGCCAAUGGGUGGGAGCUCCUCCUCUGGUUCCACAUCUUCCUCAUCAUCCUCCAGCUCCUCCUCGUCCUCUGGUUCCAUGAACUUCUCAGGAGGCUCCCAGUCUCAGUACGGGGGUGGAGGUGGUGGUGGAGGGCCAGGAGGAGGAAGUGGAGGCAGUGGUGGAGGGAGUGGCGGAGGUGGUGGAAGUCAGAAUAAUGCGAAUAACCCCAACGCUAAAGGGAAGUCUCCCAGCCGCAACAAGAAACCCUCUCUCACAGCAGUUAUAGACAAACUGAAGAGUGUUGGUGGGGGAGGGGUCGGGGAGGAUGGGUGUGAGGGAGGGCCACCAGUAGGUGGAUCUGGUUCAGGAUCUGCUCCUGGUGGUGUUGGACCUGGAAAUGUUCCGAGCAGUGGACCAUCAAACAUGGGCCAGUCCAAGCAUGCCUCAUCUUCUCAAAGUGGGGAGUAUAAGCGGGAGAAGUCUGAUAAAGAGACAAAGGCCAAAGUUUCUGUGUCAGGGGGCAACAGCGGGGAUAAAAAGAUGAUGGACUCUAAAACAGGAGGGGUGAGUGCGACUGGCCUGGCCAAAAUUAUCAUUAGCAAACCCGAUGGUGGCUCACCAAGCAUAAAGGCCAAAGUGACCCUUCAGAAAGGAGGGGAAGGAUCUGGGGACUCUAUGCGACCCCAGAUUUCUAGCCUCAAAGCAUCCCCCCUCUUUAGCGGCUCUACUCCCAAACAUGACCGCUCCUCCCCGAGCCACAGCCGCUCUCCAGGAUACACCCCACUUAACCACGACAGCGAGAGUGAGUCCGGCAGCAGCUCUGUGGCCGAGAAGUCCCACCAGAACAGCCCAAGUUCAGAUGAUGACCAGGCCAUUCGCCCACUUCCCCCCCAGGACUACAUGAGCUCCAUUCCACUCAGCUCUGGUGAGAAGCACAAGAAACACAAGAAGGAGAAGAAGAAGGCAAAAGAAAGGGAGCGGGAGAGGGACAGAGACCGGGAACGGGACAGGGACAAAGAGAAGAAGAAGUCCUCUAUGUCCAUAGGGCAGUCCUCGCAUCAGAUAAAAGCAGACAGCUGGUCUCGGUCGCCCAUAUCUGCUUCAGAUUCAUCUUUGUCCAUGCUGGGCUCAGAGCGUCCAUCCAGGCCUAGUCCAAUGUACAUGAGAAAUGAAGAUGAUGACCUCAUGGACUCUGCACUAACUGGCAACCUUUAAUUUCAUUUAAAAAAACUUUGUUUACUCUUUUCUUUUACCCCAACUAUUUUAACAUGCCUUUUAACAUACAAAAGAAAAGUGUAUUUAUUUAACUAGAUAAGAAAAAUUUGGCAUUUUGGUCAUCGUUUUUAUGUAUUUCAAGUACAUUUUACUGACUGGAUACGUUAUUGUUUAAUGAUAUACAUGAUUGGGAUGCCAGUUUUAUUUGACGGUGGUUGCUACAGUAUCAUGUAUAUAACCCCAAAUUUCAAGCAUCUUCAACUCUUGUUGAAGUACAUGUUAAGGAAAAAAAUAAAUGUAUUGUCCCUCCCAUCACGUUAGACUUUAUUAUCAGUGAAUUUCAUUUUACUUUUACCUUUCAGACAUAAGCUGCUGCUGAUGUGAAAAUACCAUAACUUUAUGUUGUCAAAAAUAUGUAUAUCAUCUGUUAUGAUAAUGGAGUAUGGUAAAGCAGGAAGGGUACAAUGUAAGGUUGCCUUGUUUUUUCUUAAUGAAGGGGUAUUUUCUUUUUAGAUUUUGAUACAUUUUUAACUGUCGCUUUGACUUGUAAAAAAGACUGCAAUGCUGAUGAGGGGAAUGAUGAAAAUGGAGGUAAAGUGAGAGCUGGUAAUUUUUUAACUGUUAAAGUUUUGGAAGCUUGGAAUAAACAUUUCACUUCUUGAAAAAUCUCA